AAAGCAAAGGGGAAUUAAAAUACGUCUUCUAUAUAAUAAAAACACACGCCUAGAGAGAUCGAAAAUAUUUCUCAGCCGCAGCUUACGAAAACGUUGAUCCAAAUCGAAAGGGAGAAAGAAUAAUUUGCGAGUCGUAUCUCUUAAUUUCAGACUUUGAUCGCUUCUUAGUGUUACAAUGCCGAAGAACAAGGGAAAGGGAGGAAAGAACAGGAAGAGAGGAAAGAACGAAGCAGACGACGAGAAGCGAGAGCUUAUAUUCAAGGAAGAUGGACAAGAAUACGCACAAGUCCUUCGUAUGCUUGGCAAUGGAAGAUGUGAAUCUAUGUGCAUUGAUGGCACUAAACGUCUCUGCCAUAUUCGUGGCAAGAUGCACAAGAAGGUUUGGAUCGCAGCAGGAGACAUCAUACUCGUUGGUCUGAGGGAUUACCAAGACGACAAAGCCGAUGUGAUCCUCAAGUACAUGUCUGAUGAGGCCAGGCUUCUCAAGGCGUAUGGUGAGCUUCCAGAGAACACUCGUCUCAACGAAGGUAUCGUUGGUGAUCUUGAUGAAGAUGAUGAUAAUGCGGCUGAUGACUAUGUUGAGUUUGAGGACGAAGAUAUCGAUAGGAUCUAAGCACCUUGUUUGGUUUUUUGUUUUACCUUUUCCGGCUUGUAUUUUCAGUUUGAGAACAUUACUGUUGCAAGAUAUUUUACAACUAUUAUGUAUUUUGUUCUCCAAUAUCUCUUCUUCUUUGCCUCU